AUGAGGAUCAUGUGGAAAUUCAUUAUAGUGAUGUAUCUGAUAGCUUUGGUGGGAUGAAGAGGAACCUCGGCAACGGCAAGGCUGAGGAUGAAGAAGGAAGAUAUAGGAAGAAGGUUUGCUUUGCAGAAUAAGCUCCAACGAGGUCCGGUUCCUCCUUCACAGCCUUCUCUCUGUCACAACAAACUAAACCCUCUUUCUCAUUCAGAAGUUUAUUCUUCCCACACUUAUGUUACUUGCCCUUGAUCCAGGCACCACAUUUUUUUAUUGUCUCGAUCUCUUCUCAGACAUAAAUG